AUGGCGCGAUCCCGAAUCCAACAGCGAAGCCUGGUGGCUGCACUGUUCGUGCAGCUUUAUGCUGGUGAUUGCAUUGCGGUGCCUUCAACUGGACCAGAACUCAACGUGUGCGAGUACAGCUUGGAAGAUCUUUACGUCGUCGACGUAAACGCAACGUUAAAGCUCUUCCCAGCAGGAUAUCGAUCCUGUGCGAACACUUCUGACAGCAACGCAGAACUCUGCGGGAUCUGUUCCUGUCGUGAAAAGAAACUCGGUGCUAUCGCUGGCUUGUCAGUGGCUGGUGUCGUGUGCGUCGGAUCGGGGGAUGUCACGACUUGUGCAGGUGAAGGCCAAGAAUUCUGCGGUCGCAAUGACAGCAUUGAUAGUGCUGCCAAUGCCACCUCGAUAUUGCAGGGUAGCUCCAGCUUCAAUGAAGAUACAAGUCCUGGCACCUCGUCGUUACAAGGAAGCUCUAGCGCCAACGAAGAUGCCGGUGUUGGCGACGUUGCUAUGGCCGGGUCCACUGUCGAUCCCGAAGACAUUGGUGAUCCCAGUGCUGGAAGUAGCUCAGCUUCGAGCGCUACCUCGACAUCGAGCUUCAUAUUCGAGCCUGCAACAGUUCUGCCUUCAGGCAUUGGCACCAGUUUGGCCAUGGAUAGCACUGCUAGUGUUGAAACCAUGAGCCCUGACAUCGAUACCAGCAUCCCUGCCUUCGUUCCCGAAUCCAUCAACACCAACGUUGAGGCUGACACUGGCAGCACCGAUGUCAACACCGAUACUGACAAUCUUGCCAAUGCCUCAGGCUCUACUGUUCCCGAUUUCGACAACAGCUAUGGUACUAGCACCGACUCAAGCAGUACUGGUAAUACUUCGCAAUCUGCGGCGUUUAACAGCAAUCGCAUCAUUGGCGCCAGCUCAAGCUUGGGUAUCAGCACCGACGCAUCCGGCAGUACUCUUGAACCUAUCGACUCAAGCAUUCGCUUCGACUCGUUGGCGAAGAAAGAGUCUGCUCUCGACAAAGAAAACGUGGACAGUAACGGUGUCGGAAAAGUCAAGCCCUCUCCAACCAGCGCUGCUGCACCCCCAACCAACCGGGAUGUCAUCCGCCCGCAAGAAAAUGGAUCGACGCUUGGCACCAACAAUGGUUCUUCCAGUAGCUCGAGCUGGUCAGGCGAGCGACUAACCGUGCUGCUUUCCACAAUUUGUGGCAUUGCCGUUGUAGCUGCCAUAGCUGCAUUCGUUGCAGUCCGCAGACAUCGCUCCCAGUCAAAAAAGGAACUCACCACUCCGAUUGACGAUGACUACAACGAUGAGAACUUCGAUACAGUGACGCCAAUAAUUCCCGGCAAUCGUGGUGCCAGAAACGUGAGAAGAGGACCUCGUCUUGGCGACGCCUUUGAGAAUUCCCCAAUGUCCUCGAUCGUAGUGCUGGGUCCUGACGAUGACUUUGUUCCGCCUCCACGUCGCACCACAAAACGUCACUACCGAUCAUACCCAAGAAAUACUGUGCUGGACACCUAUGCACGCAGCGGCAGCACGAAAGCCUCCAAGGACGUAUUCACGCAAGACGAUCGUCCAAGUACUGUAUCCGUUGAUACCAUUAAUGAUCUAUCACAUCAACACCACGUAUCCCGCGGCCCACCGACAACCGGCUUGCCAGUGCGUGCACCUUACGAGAUUUUCGACACUUCCAACACCCGAGAGAGGUUUUCAUCCGGCAUGAGCUCGCAGUUCGAUAGUCGGACAAGCGGACAGGAGUACGAGUCCGAUUUGAGCUUCAACUCGUUUCAGAUGGCAUCUGAAACAUCUAGCGGAGCUGAAUUCGACUCGAUUACCUCGACAAAUUGCAACGAUCGUCAAACAGCUUCGGAUCUAGAGUCAGGGGAAAGUAUAGCCACCUCAUAUCUUUCUAGCACGGAGAGUGUCCAGUACAACGGCCGUGAUACGGAAGCUAGUGAGCGCACGAACGGGUCGGAGAUGAACUCCGACUUGAGUCGCGUUGCCAUAUCAUUCGACUUGAGCGCUACGAAGUCCAGAAUCUCAUGA